CAUGCAACUUGCAAGUGGGUAGUACUUGGGCAGUGGACCCCCCACCAUCAAGAUCAGGGAAUAGGUUACGGCAGCAACAGCUUUUAUUCCGGAGAUGGAUAAAAUUGAUGGCUGCUUUCCUCAGGGGCCGGUCAUGUCUUCCUCUUCUUCCCCCAAAGUUGCGCCAUUUCCUUGUUUCAGUUCGAGUGAGUGGCCAACGCAAAACAGUGCCCAUCAUCGCACUUCCUUUCUAUUUCAAUUAUUCAACCCUUUCUUUCUCCACCACCACCACCAUCAUCUUUCUUUGUUUACCUUUUUCCACCUUCCUUUCCUUCCUCAGCACUUGCCUCCCUGUCUCUCCAAAUUAGUGGCAACUCAGCUUACCAUCACCUCACCUUCCCCCAACCCAUUACUUCUUUUUCCUUUCUUCUGCAUUUCCAUUUCCUGUACUCAUAUUUACUCUCUUGUUUGUGGUGUUGUUAUUAUUAUACUCAGGGUAAUGAAGAUUGCUUCAUUCUAUUGUUGCUGCUGGGUUUCUUUGGCUUCCACCAAUAAUGGCAUUCUCUGCUCGCUUUUCUCUCCCUCCUCCAAUCCCUCGCAAGAUUGAUUGCUCAAAGCAACAGGCUGUGAGAUUGACUUCUCUCAGGGCACUUCACAAACCAAACGCACUGUCAUCUUCACUCAACAGUAAGAACACUGAACUUUUCGGGCAGAGGCUUGCAAGUGUUGGAGACAACAUAAUUAGGAACUGGACUUUUGUGGGCGGUUCAAGAAUCGUCAUUCAACCAAAACUAGCCAGACUCUUUGUUUCCCAGAAAAGCUCGUCCACAGUAUAUGCCUCGUGGUGGACAAAUUCUCAGAUUGCAAACAAUGUGUUUACAUUGGGAACGGCUGCUGUUCUCCCAUUCUACACCCUUAUGGUUGUAGCACCAAAAGCACAACUAACGAGGAAGUCGGUCGAAAGUAGCAUACCUUACGUAGUGCUGGGGCUUCUUUAUGCUUAUCUACUGUACCUUUCAUGGACACCUGAUACUCUGCAGCUGAUGUUUGCCAGUAAAUACUGGCUACCUGAGCUGCCCGGUAUAGCAAAGAUGUUCUCCAACGAGAUGACAUUAGCUUCAGCCUGGAUUCAUCUUCUCGCAGUGGACCUCUUUGCUGCCAGGCAGGUGUAUAAUGAUGGAGUGCAGAAUGGAAUCGAGACCCGGCACUCGGUUUCACUUUGCCUGCUCUUCUGUCCCGUGGGGAUCCUGACUCACUUCGCCACUAAAGCACUAACCAAGGGUGCUGCAGAGUAGUACAAAAUGCUAACUGCUAGCUAUUUGUUCGUUGCUGCAUUAGAAAGCAGUCUGUUUUGUUUUGUGUUGAAACGACAGCUCCUUUGUUUGAGUGAUGUUAUAUGUUGCGUUUGCCAGUUUGAAUGAAAAUUUGGGUUCAAGAUCGUAUGAUUUAUGUAGCGUUUGCAUCUGUUCUUUGGCUG